AUGACCCGUAAAAUCCACGAACAAGGACCCGUGGCGAGAGGCCAAGUGGCUCAGGGCCACGCCACUGCUGAUUCCCCCGACGUCGAUGCACCCUCCAAAUCGAGGCGAAACCAGUCAUCAGCGCUACGACCAGCCUGGGAAACACUCCUGGUGAUGCACCCGCGUUCCAAACUGAAAACGCAUCUUGUCCCCGCUGCCCACGGCCACGCCUUCGAGGUGAAAGCUUCGUCUCACUUCCGCAUCGUUGACCUCCAUGGCCAACAGGUAGUCGACUUCAUGGCCUGGACCUUGCCCUACUCACCCGCCACAAAUCCGGAACAUUUUUCCACGAGCUACACGCGAUAUGCACUGGGAGGCUCCGCUCCUCCACAGGUAGGCGAGGCGCUGUACACGAACCAAGACCGCAAAAUGUUUACCAUAGUCGCCGACAUGGUCAAGACCCACGAUCUGCUUUUCAUGGCUUGUAACCCGGGCUUUUACGCGCGCCGCGGCCAACCUGUCCACCGCUCCUGUGCCACCAAUGUUGCCGAAGCGAUGAAACCCUGGGGCAUGAAGCACUGGAGCGAAGUAGUUGAUCCGUUCAAUAUCUUCCAGAAUACUCCCUAUUACACGAUCAAGGCAUUGAAUUGUUCCAAGCCAGGAGAUUUCAUAGAAAUGCGGGCGGAGGUGGAUGCUGUUUGCGCGGUGAGCAGCUGUCCCUUCGAAGGAGACGGGUUCAAUGGUGGGAGAGCCACAGACAUCGCGGUUGUGACCGAGGUUGAUGAAGAGGACGAUGAAGGGAAGGAAUGA